CUUCUGUAUGUUGUUUUGUUUUGGUUAUUUUCAUUUUGGAUAUCCAAAACCAAGGAAAAAGAAAUGAAAUUUAUUUUAUUCCACUCUCUCCAAUGAAAACACAAAAGAUUCAACAUUCAAGAUUUCAUUUGGGGCGCGAAAUCGAAACCCUAAUAGCAGUAGAGUAGCAGUGCUUAGACAGUGAUAGAAAUUUAAAAAAAAAAAGAAAUAAUAAAAGGAAUCACAUUUCAUAUGAUAUCAUAAGCAUAUCCCAAUUCAUAUCAUUUUAUUAUCCAAGCCCCACUCUCCGUAAUCUGUAUUCUACUGAUUCAAAACUGUCAAAAUCUUGUCAGAUCCCUUCUUCAUUGUCUCCAUUUUCUACACCACUUACUACUACUGCCAUUGCUAUCACACCCGUUAAUCAUUAAUGCUUCUGUUGAUAUAAAUUUUUUAACAAAUGAAAUGCCUGUCCAUCUACAAAUGAAAUGAAAAAAUGGGUUCUGCUCUAAAUAUGGUUUUCUUGGUGGGGUUUUCAGUUCUUGAUCACGAACUGAUUUUCUUUUUGUUAUAAAAAAUGUUUUUUGGGUGGGUUUUUCACCGUCAAAGUGCCUCUUGAUCAAACAGUAACUUUUUGGGGUGAAGAUUCUAAAAGAAUAGAAGAGGAAGAAGAAGAAGAAGAAGAAGCAGAAAGAUGUCAGAAAUGAGAGUUUCUGAUCCAAGUAGACUCCAUUUGAAGAAGGAGCUUACUCAAAUCAGAAAAGCAGCAAGGGUUUUGCGUGAUCCAGGAACUACUUCUUCUUGGAAGUCACCAAUUAGUUCCUCUAGAUCUGCAGCAGCUGCAACUCUAGCUGCUGCUGCUGCUGCUUCUACUUCUGCCUGGAAACAGUUUGAUAAUGAGAAUGUAAUCCCAAAUGGCCAUAAUAGUAACUCCCAUAUGGAUUCUUAUUUUAGGAAUAAUGGGAAAGAGAAAAGAGUGUUCUUGUAUAAUUGGAAGACUCAAAAAUCCUCCAGUGAAAAGAGUGCAAUUGCUAGAAAUGAUCUUGAUGAAGAUUAUGAGUCUCGUUCCGUUCAAGACAGUGUUGAUGAUAGCUUGAGUGAUGCAAGGAAUGCUGCUGAUUCCAAGAGUGAUACUUACUUGGGUGACAGCAGGUCUUCUUCAAUGAUUUUCAGGUGUAGAGAUGCCAAUCUUGUAUCUCCAUCAAUGAGAAGAGCAAUGGGGAUCAAGAAAAAAAGUAAGAAAACUGAUACCCAUUUGGAUAUUUUGUCUAGAUAUCAACAAAAAGAAAUUAAUUUGAGAAGAUUGCUCAAGAGUCAUCCUUCAAUUGCUUUAGGUUUAGGAAGGGAAGAUUCUGUUGAGCAGUCUGAUGAUACUGAAGAUUAUAGUAAUUCUGAGGAUCUAAGAAAGAUUUCUGGUGCAUCUCCAUUAUUAAUAAAACUAAAGCAUAAACGUUGGUCUCAUUCUCCAUCUAAAUUGUUGAGAAUAAGUCGAAAAGAAGACUCUUCUUACACCUAUAGCACACCUGCAUUGUCCACUAGUUCCUAUAAUAGGUACUGUAAUCAUAACCCGAGUACUGUUGGGUCUUGGGAUGGCACCACAGCCUCAGUGAAUGAUGGGGAUGAUGAGGUGGAUGACCACUUGGAUUUACCGGGUCGCCAGGGAUGUGGUAUCCCUUGCUAUUGGUCUAAAAGAACUCCGAGACACAGAGGGGUAUGUGGAAGUUGUUGCUCUCCUUCCCUCUCAGAUACUAUACAGAGGAAAGGGACUAGCAUGCUGUGUGGUAGGCAGUCAAUGUAUCAUAGGCGUUGGCAUUCUUCAUCAGUUUAUAAUAAGAGAAGAAUUUCUUCCAGAAGUGCCCAAGGACUUCUUCCUUUGCUUGCAAAUAGCGAUGGCAGAGGAGGGUCAUCUAUUGGAACUGGGAAUAGUGAUGAUGAGCUCUCCACUAACUUUGGAGAGCUUGAUUUAGAGGCCUUGAGUAGAUUGGAUGGAAGGAGGUGGUCUAGUUGUAGGAGCCAAGAUGGGUUAGAGAUUGUAGCUCUAAAUGGUGAUGGUGAAGAGGAAGGUACUCCUGAAAAUAUUAGAAGUUUAAGCCAGAAAUACAAGCCACUCUUCUUUGGUGAAGUGAUUGGACAGAACAUUGUGGUUCAGUCUCUUAUUAAUGCUAUCUCCAGAGGGAGGAUUGCUCCAGUUUAUCUUUUCCAAGGGCCCCGUGGGACUGGAAAAACAUCAACAGCCAGGAUUUUUGCUUCUGCUUUAAAUUGUAUAUCUACAGAAGAAACAAAACCUUGUGGAUACUGCAGGGAUUGUUCUGAUUUCAUUUCUGGUAAGGCCAGAGACCUUUGGGAAGUUGAUGGCACCAACAAGAAGGGAAUUGAUAAAGUUAGGCAUCUCUUGAAGAAGGUUUCACAAUGGCCCCCAACAGGAUCUUCUCGUUAUAAGGUUUUUCUUAUUGAUGAAUGCCACUUGUUGCCUUCUAAGAUGUGGCUGGCAUUUCUUAAAUUUCUUGAAGAACCACCACAACGAGUUGUGUUCAUAUUUAUAACAACUGAUCCUGACAAUGUGCCGCGAACUGUACAAUCACGGUGCCAGAAAUACCUAUUUAACAAAAUUAAGGAUGGGGAUAUUGUGGCUAGAUUGAGGAAAGUUUCUUCAGAAGAAAAUCUGGAUGUUGAAUUGGAUGCUUUGGAUUUGAUUGCUUUAAAUGCAGAUGGCUCACUUCGAGAUGCGGAAACUAUGUUAGAUCAAUUGAGUUUGUUAGGAAAGAGGAUAACUACAUCUCUUGUAAAUGAGCUUGUGGGUGUUGUCCCAGACGAGAAAUUACUGGAACUUUUGGAGCUGUCAAUGUCUUCAGACACUGCAGAAACAGUGAAAAGAGCCAGGGAUUUGUUGCACUCUGGUGUUGAUCCAUUAGUUUUGAUGUCUCAACUUGCGAGCCUCAUUAUGGAUAUCAUUGCUGGAACUCACAAUGUUGCUGAUGCCAAAUAUAGCAUAUCGUUGUUUGGUGGGCGGAGCUUGACUGAAGCAGAAUUGGAGAGAUUAAAGCAUGCUUUAAAGCUUCUUUCAGAGGCUGAGAAGCAGCUAAGAGUUUCAAGUGACCGCUCAACAUGGUUCACAGCUACUCUUUUACAGCUCGGUUCAGUGCCUUCACCAGAUCUUACUCAGUCAAGCAGCAGUAGGAGACAGAGUUCUAGGACAACAGAGGAGGAUCCUUCAAGUGCGUCAAGAGAAGUUACUGUUUACAAGCAGAAGUCAGAUGCUCAGUAUUUGUCUCGUAGAUCAAGUUCACCUGCUUCCUUGUAUAAAGCAAUAAAUGGAAAGUCCAGCCAUCGAGGAGAAUUUGGUUUCAAUUCUAAGCUCCGUCCUAGUCACUCAAUCGACAGCUGUAUGUCGUCAGCUUCACGUGAUGAUGAACUGGUUGAAAGUAUGCCUCUUAGAUACAGAAAUGCAGAAAAAUUGGACCGUAUCUGGGAAAAGUGUAUUGCAAAUUGUCACUCAAAUACGCUCAGGCAGCUUUUACAUACUCAUGGAAAGCUUUUCUCCUUAUCUGAAGUUGAAGGUGCUUUGGUUGUAUAUGUUGCCUUUGGAGAUGAAGAUAUUAAAGCCAGAGCUGAAAGGUUUAUGAGCAGCAUCACAAAUUCUAUUGAAAUGGUUCUGAGAUGCAAUGUAGAGGUGAGAAUUAUUUUUGUGCCAGAUGGUGAGGAUUCUAUGAAUUGUGUAAACCAAAGUGAGUUACAAAUUCAGAAGCAGGUAGAAGCAACCAUGGCAAUUGAGCAGGAAAAAAAAGCAAAUUGUGUGAACCCAGUAAAUGGUUACUCUGAUGCUCAACAGGAGUCAAGAAAAUUAUCGAGAGGAAGCUUUAAUGAUUUGGAUAGCAAGCUGAAAGGAGGAUCAGGAGAUUAUUUGAAGUCCUUGACACUGCUGGAUAGUAGUUUUCAAUCUACGUCUCUAUCUGCAGAGUUACUUCCAGAAGCCAAUACUGAAAGCGAUGGGGUGAAAGAAACAGGGCAGGAAUUACCAAUGCAGAGAAUAGAAUCUAUCAUCCGCGAGCAGAGGUUGGAAACUGCCUGGCUACAGGCUGCAGAAAAAGGCACACCAGGAUCACUGAGUCGCUUGAAACCUGAGAAGAAUCAGGUGCUGCCUCAAGAAGAUUGUCAACAGAAUCAAAUGGAAUCUGCAAGUUCAAUGGCUUUAUCGUCUCAGCAUUGGGAACAUGAACUAAAUGAUGAACUCAAAGUUUUGAAGAUGGAAGAGCGGAGGGUGCUUCAUAAGGACCAGAUUGGUAAAAGGGCUGAUCAUUAUCCAAUAUCUCCAAGCUUGUUGCAUGGCAGCAACUUUGUAGGCAAUCUAAACAAAGAAAGCCUGGGAUAUGAAUCAAGUUCAGCGGGUGGAGGUUGCAGCGGGCUUUUCUGUUGGAAUGCCAACAAAUCUCACAAGGUUAAUGGAACCCCUGUUCGGUAUAGAGGCAAAGGCGGACGAUUUUCCUUGUUUGGGGAGUGUGGAAAGCAUAAGAAAACAGAGAACAGGAUUAAAAGAUAAAAAAAGGAAGUCAGCAAAUACAAAGAGUUGGAUUUUUAGUUACAAUGUCAGUCACUUCACAUAUAUAAUUCUUUUUCUGUAUUUAAUCUUCAGGUGAAGCUAUUUCUUGAAAGAUGCAGCUAUGAGGAAAAUGUUUUAUGUAAAGGUUUUCUUGCUGUUGAACUUUGGAAUUUAGUUCAUCAACAGCUUUUUAUUUAUUUAUUUUCCUCAAAUCUUGUCAAUAAAAAAGAACUGUGAGAAAACUUGCAGGAACUCCUGGUAUUUA